AUGGCGAAAAUCGCGAUUAUUCUUCUAAUUUUCACCGUUUUUUGUGCGGUUUCUUCCGCGCUCCGAUGCUACGAAGGAACUGUGAAAGGACUGGAGAGCAACGCGCAGACGGCCAAAAAGGUACUGGUUGAAGAAAUGGACAAUACAAAUUGAUGUGAGUGUAUUUAGGAAUGCGGCGGAAUCUCGAAUUGGUGCAUCCAGCGCAUCGAUAAGAAAAGCGGCGAAAUGAGGUUUGUGCGUAUAUUCCGUCCCCUUGCGCGUAUUAUUUGUGUAAUCCUUUUGCGAACAGUCCCUCACUGUUUACCCAAAUCAUUCAAAUCAUAAGCUUCCUGCUCUGUUUGUGACGCAUGACGUAACCGAUCACAAUAAUGAAUGUUCCAGACGUGAGUGCAGCUCGUGGAGCGAUGAGCACAGUAUGGAGGAGAAGUGUCCGGUCGGUCCCAACCUACAACAAUAUCCUUGAAUAUCUUCCAUUUCAGAUGAGCGGAUGUCACUUCCAAACCAAGGACAGUACCUUCUGCUGCUGCCAGUUCGAUGAGUGCAACGAGUGGAACGGAGAGUCGGUUUCCGAGGGGGUGCAGGUGGAAAAGAGAUGAUUUUCAGCGGAAAAGAGUUCAAGGCUGGCGAGACUGUUGUCGAGAAGGCGCCAACUUCGAAGCUCUCCGACGUCAUCAUGCCAACCGCCGCCUCCCGUAACAAUGUUCGUGUGUUUAGUUAACCUGUCUAAUCGGGAAAUAUGCGUCCUUGAGUUGAUAUCGAUUUUUCAGAAAACAAGUGACAUCGUGCAGAUCCCAACGACUCCCGGACCGGCCCGAAAGUCCAGUCUCGUCGAUCUUCCAUGA